AUGAACAUGGGCCCUAGAGAGCAGUUGACGUAUCUGAAGCGCGGAGCAGUGGAGAUCAUCUCCGAGGAAGAGCUCCUGAGGAAGCUCGAGAGACGGACCCCGUUACGCGUCAAGGCCGGAUUCGACCCCACGGCGCCGGAUUUGCACCUGGGCCACACGGUGCUGAUUCAGAAGAUGAGGCAGUUUCAGGAGUUGGGGCACCAGGUGAUCUUUCUCAUCGGCGAUUUCACCGGCUUGAUCGGCGAUCCGUCGGGGAAGUCGGAAACGCGGAAGCAGCUCAGUCGGGACAAAGUCCUGGAAAACGCCGCCACCUAUAAGGAACAAAUCUUCAAGAUACUGGAUCCCGAGGCGACCGUGGUGGAGUUCAACAGCCGGUGGAUGGAGAAGUUGGGAGCAGCCGGGCUACUGGAUCUGAGCGGCAAAUACACGGUGGCCCGGAUGUUGGAGAGAGACGAUUUCAAAAAGCGGUAUCACGCCCGGGAGGCCAUCGGCAUUCACGAGUUCAUGUAUCCGCUGAUUCAGGGCUAUGACUCGGUUGUGCUCGAAGCCGAUGUCGAGUUGGGCGGGACGGAUCAGAAGUUCAACCUGCUGGUUGGGCGCGAGCUGCAGAGAGAGAAUGGGUUGGAGCCCCAGGUGGUCUGUAUGAUGCCGUUGCUGGAGGGCACGGACGGCGUCCAGAAGAUGAGCAAGAGUCUGGACAAUCAUAUCGGCAUAGCCUCCCCCCCGGAAGAGAUGUACGGCAGGACGAUGUCCAUUUCCGACGAGUUGAUGUGGCGGUACUGCGAGCUCCUAAGCGGUCGGGAUCUGGGCGAGAUCAACCUUGAGAAAUCCUCGGUGGCGGCAGGUUCAUUACAUCCCAUGGAGGUCAAGAAGGCCCUCGCCGCGGAGAUGGUGGAGCGUUUUCAUGGGCGGGAUGCCGCGAAGUCGGCGCAGGAGUACUUCGAGGAGCGGCAUCAGCGAAGGAGUAUCCCCCGGGACAUCCGCAAGAGCUUCUCGCCCCCGGACAAGAUCUGGGUCUGUCAGUUGCUGCUGGAUCUCGAGUUUGCGCGCUCGAAGAGCGAUGCGCGGCGGCUGGUGGCCCAGCGGGCCGUGCGGGUGGACGGCGCGGUCGUGAAUGAUCCCAACUUCGAGUUCCACCGGGACACCCAUCGCGUGGUCGAGGUUGGGAAAAACCGUAUCGCGCAGGUGAAGUAG